CAAUUUUUUAUUCUUGUCAUUAUACAUAAUAUGCAACAAUGUACUAGAGUAAUAGGUAAGGAGAUUAUGUUAAGAACUGAAACUUUUGAACGGCAGUGUAUGGAGGAUAGCCAGUACACCUUCCCACGGAGAAUCCUUUCGCAGGAGAGCACGGGGGAAUGGAGUAUAUACGGUCAUUCUGGCAGCAGCGUGGAAUGUUGCUCUACCAGCUCGAUAAGCACGACGUUGGUACCACAGAGGGACCUUCGAGUAGGCGCCACGGACUCGUGCCGAUUAGCCGAUUCUAAGCGUUAUUGCUACCGGAAAUUUCACGACCUAUUCGCACAAGAAGCAAUUCUAAGAGAUCACAAAUCUUGGGACGGGAAUUCGUGUCAUGAUGCGACGCAGGAACAAUGCUGAGAAUAUAGCCAGCCGAGGAAAUGGACGGCCUUAAAAGCAACCUCGAAUCGCAGAGAGGAACGAGAGUAAGAAGUUUACGUGUAUCGAAUUCCUUUUGU